AUGACAUUAAAGAGGGCAAUAAUUGACUUCAGAUUUAUCAAAGAUUUGGGAUUCAUAAUUAUUUUUACUUUGGUGAUGUCAAGAUAAAGCCUUGGUAACAUUCAUUAUAAUGAUGAGGGUAGAGAUUGGACUGGAAUCUGUUCAACUGGAAAAAGCUAAUCUCCUAUUGACAUCCCUAUAAAAUGGGCCACAGAGUCAGAUAAUCUACUAUUUCUGAAAACUAGCUCAACAUUAGAUGUAAUGGUGUCUUAGAAGUAGAUGUCUAAUUUGACAUUGAAAGAUAACAUUUACACUUACUACUAUGCCUUCACUGGAGGGUAUUUGGCUUUUUGGGAUGAAAGCAACAAUCUAGAUACCUACUAACUCUUACAGUUUCACGUUCAUGCUCCCUCAGAACAUACUUUUAACGGCAAACAUUAUGAUGUUGAGAUUCAUUUUGUUCAUUAGAAUACUAACAACAAUAAAUUAGUGGCUUUUGGACUGUUCUUUGAUUCUAGAACAGGAGGAGACAAAGAAAAUGAAUUCAUAACUGCCUUAGGAGUUGGAAAAAGCAAUAACACAGCUCUCUCAGAAAUUCCAGCUCUUAAUUUGCUUAAAAAUCUCAAUUUUAAAGAAAUAUUUCACUAUGAGGGUUCACUCACUACUCCUCCAUGCAGUGAGGUUGUUUCUUGGAUAUUAAUUCAUGAUGUUCAACCAAUAUCAUCAGCUUAAGUUAAAGAUUUCAAUAAUAAGUGGAUGAACAAUAAAACUUUUGCUGGAGGCAAAGGAAACAAUAGAGAAGUGUAACAACUAAAUCAAAGAUUCAUUUACAAGAAAGACACUGCAUCAAUGUAAGACUAAGCCAUUAUUAUUGAUGGCGUGUGCUUCAUAAUGCUAUUGCUGUUUGCUAUUUAUCUAAGUUGA